ACCUUCCAUUCUGCAAUUCUCCACUCUCUGAGAGAGUUAUUGGGUCCUCAUCAUUUUCUGAUAUUGCAGUGUGCUUGAGAGAGAGAGAGAGAGAGACAGAGAGUUAGGGCUUUGUGGGAGUCUGAAGAAACCUUCCAUUUUGCAAUUCUCCACUCUCUGAGAAAGUUAUUGGGUCCUCAUCAUUUUCUGAUAUUGCAGUGUGCUUGAGAGAGAGAUAGAUCAGAGAGUCAAGGUCUGUGGGGAGUCUGAAAAAUUCUUCCAUUCUGCAAUUCUCCUCCUCUGAAAGAGUUAUUGGCCCAUUAUCCUUUUCUGUUAUUACAGUGCGAAAGAGUUGUUGCCUGAUUAUCCUUUUCUGUUAUUACCGUGCGAGAGAGAGGGAGAGAGAGAGAUUUCUGUCUGAGUCGUUGUUGGUGCUCUUGAGAUUGCUUGAUUGUGGCCUGCUGGUGUUAGUGCCUGUAAGAAGAGGGAGUAUAUGAACGCGAUGGCUUCUUCAUCUUCGUCGGCCAGGCUGUGGGGUGAUGAAGGUGGUGUGCCUCAUGUGCUGGCUGUCGACGACAGCCUCAUUGACAGGAAAUUCGUCGAGAAUUUACUGAGGAACUCGUCUUGCAGAGUAACCACGGCUGAAAGUGGGCCAAAAGCAUUGGAAUACCUGAGGCAGGACGCUAAGGCUUCAAAGGUGAAUUUGAUCAUAACAGAUUACCAAAUGCCUGGAAUGACCGGAUAUGACCUCUUAAAGAAGGUCAAGGAAUCCUCAGCCCUGAGAGAAAUUCCAGUUGUUAUCAUGUCGUCUGAGAAUGUUCCCACAAGAAUCAACAGAUGCUUGGAAGGUGGGGCAGAGGAGUUCAUACUGAAGCCUCUUCAGCCAUCAGAUGUGAAGAGACUCUGGGGCCACAUCGCCAAACUGAACCAAGCAUGUGCUGGGAAGCAGUGCAGAGGAAGAUGAAGCUUUAAUGGUGCAGACUGUAGAGAGAGAAACUGUAGAGAGAGAGAGAGAGAUUGUUUGCUUUGUACCAUGACCAAAAUAAUGUUUGUAGACCUAAACACAGCCCAAAAAGGUAGUACAGUGGGGGAAAGGGAUGAUGUGGGUCGUCAUCUCACAAGGUAAAGUAGGAUUUGUAUUUUGGGAUAAUCCAGGAAAAAGUAGGGUUUUACUGCAUAGAAAGCAGAAGCUUAGCUGUUGAUUUAAAAGUAGUGGGGAGUGGCUGUUGGGAAUCCUCCCCGUGUAACACACCACCCAUGCUCUGCGGGAGGAUUUCAAGAAAAAGCAUGUAUUAUGUAUCUUUAGGAACUCGAGACAAAGAAUAGAAUUUAAGUCUUCCUUUUC